AGAAACGAACACCAUGUUCUCUGCGCGUGCACGCCCAGCUUCAGUUGUUCUGAGAAGCCUGGGCGGGGGGGGGUUGUUGUGUCACGUGACAGAUAAGUCACAGAGUUCAUGGGCGCGCGUGCCAGACUCAGCAGAACCGGGUCUGUUUGAGACCCCGGCUGGUUACAUAACGGCGGGUUGAAUGGACUGAACCACUUCAGAGGGGCGGGGAUAAGAAGACCCGGACUUUCCUAGACCACGAUCCGGUCCCUGAACAGGAAUCAGAUUGAAACCAGUUGGUGAUCCAUGUGCGCGCACGCGCGCAGCGACGCUCUGCUAACUUAAGCAGGCCCCAACGCGGUCAACCCCCCUCCCCGCUGAGAAUGGAACAGUCCGACACGUAAGCCAUUGUUUACAAAUCAAACGGCUUGUUGUUCGGAGCCGCGCGGCGGGCCGAGCGCGAGCACAGCGAGGGCAGCGGGACCGCAGACUGCGCAGAAUGCCGUGUCGGAAGGAGGAUUUCCUGGUGCUGGAGCGCGCCGUGACCGCGGGCUCCCAGGACGUGGACGCGCUCAUCUCGAGGCUCGGGGAGGCGCUGCAGCUGCACGGCGGCGGCGGCCCGAACACCGUGUCCGUGUCCUGCCUGCACGGCCUCUCCAAACCGGCGGCCGGCGGCGCCAAGCAGCAGAGUCCCGGCUGCUGCGUGCGGCUGCGCGGCCAGCGCGGCGGCACGCGCGCCAGCCCCUACCACAUCCCCGCCUCCCACUGCGAGGACUGGGACCACGUGAGGCCGUGGAGGAAGCCGCGCUUGGACCGGGACCAGGACGAGCCGCGGCGGCUGCAGGAGCUGCUGCUGUCCGGGAACCUGAUCAAAGAGGCCGUGCGGCGGCUGCAGGACUGCGGGGACUUCCGGCCGGCGGACGGCGUUUCCUGUUCCUAACGGAGCCGGGAGGACGGACUGGACCCGACCGGGACCCGAGGGUUCCGGUUCUAAGUGAUUCUAUUGAGUUUGUUGACUGUUAUCCGAGCUAAAGAUCGUGUUUAUGUUCGCCCGCGUGUCGGGAGGAGGGGGGGGGGGGUCAUUGUUUACUGACUGGGACACAGCUGCGAGCAUGCGCAGUGGGAGCGCACACUAACGCGGACGAUGAGUCACCUGAAGCGCUCUCACCGGAGUUUCUGUUUUUCUCCUGUGUGUUGGGGGGAGGGGGGGGCAUGAGUGAAAUUCCAGUCCGGAGUUUAUUCUGUGAUCACGUGACUGCUUCGUACCGGAGCUCUGUGUUCCUGAACUUCAGGGUUUUUGUUUAAAUAAAAUUUUGUUAACUGUU